GCCGUUACCUAAAUGAAUCCCUUUUUUGGCCCGAAAUAUUUGUGUACAAUUUUUUCAAGAACAAAAUAACUGGUGGCAGUGUGUGUGUGUGAGAGAAUUAGCCAAGAUCUGUGAAUUUUUUGGGUAGAUCUGUUGGUUGGGUUUGUUGAUAAAGAUUCAAUUUUGAUCUUGUUUAGAGAAAAGAUGAAUAUAUUCAGGCUUGCUGGGGAUAUGACCCAUUUGGCUAGUGUUCUUGUUUUGCUUCUCAAGAUCCAUACUAUUAAAUCUUGUGCUGGUGUUUCUCUGAAGACGCAAGAGCUAUAUGCUCUUGUCUUUGUUACUCGCUACUUGGACAUAUUUACAGACUUUAUUUCACUAUACAAUACUACAAUGAAGUUGGUUUUCUUGGGAAGCUCUUUGUCAAUUGUGUGGUACAUGAGGCAUCACAAAAUUGUUCGCAGAUCUUAUGACAAAGACCAAGAUACUUUCCGUCAUGUUCUCCUUGUGGUUCCUUGCCUUGUAUUGGCUCUUGUUAUACAUGAGAAGUUUACCUUCAAGGAGAUAAUGUGGACCUUUUCCAUAUUCUUGGAAGCUGUCGCCAUCCUUCCUCAGCUUGUCUUGUUGCAGAGAACAAGAAAUAUAGACAACUUGACUGGACAAUACAUUUUACUCUUGGGCGCAUAUCGGUCACUUUACAUCUUGAACUGGGUAUACCGCUACUUCACAGAACCACACUUUGUACAUUGGAUAACCUGGAUUGCAGGCCUCGUGCAGACGUUGCUUUAUGCUGAUUUCUUCUAUUAUUACUUCCAAAGCUGGAAAAAUAACACCAAACUCGAACUUCCUGCCUGAGCUCAUAUAGAAGUAAACAAGAGCUGGCUGAAGAAUGAUCCCGAUGAACGUUUAUAGGCUAUGGUUAUUCUCUGCCCCGUCCCCCGUCUGGGUUUUCCUUCUUUCGUUGGCUAUAACUAGGUCAAGAGUAAGAAAAACAUGAUACAGAUCAUAUUUAGAGUCUUGUUUUGCAUCAAGAAUCAUGUCUUUGCUGCUAAAGUAGAUUGUUAAAAAGCAUAUUCUUUAUGUAACAAGAAAACUUUGUGACUUCAUUUUUGUUGUACUAGAGAUUUU